CCGCCCCGUCCCUCCUUCAACCCGUCCCCUCCUUCACCAUGUUCCGCUCCCUCGCUGCCCUCGUCCUCGCGCUCGCUGCGACCUCGUCCGCCUUUGUCCCCAACCACAGCGCGCACCACCGCAGGCACAACAAAGUCGGCAGCGUCUCCUACGUCCCCCGGAGCACCGCCUACAAGCUCGCAGACCGCUUUGAGGGCCAGAGUUUCUUUGACGGCUGGGAUUUCUUCACCGACGCCGACCCCACCAACGGUCUCGUCAACUAUGUCAGCGGAGAUGCCGCGUCCAAGCUCGCGUACGUCCAGGACGACGGUACUGCUGUGAUUGCUGUCGACGACACUUCCGACGUCGCUGCCGGCGGCAAGCGCAACUCCAUCCGCAUUAGCAGCAAGAAGUCCUGGGAGCGCGGUCUCUUCAUCGCCGACAUCUACUCUAUGCCCCACGGCUGUGGUGUCUGGCCCGCGUACUGGUCCCUUGGCAACGCCAAGUCGUGGCCGAACGCCGGUGAAAUCGACAUCAUUGAGGGCGUGAACAACAACAUGCAGAACCAGGUGACGCUCCACAGCGGCGCCGGCUGCGUGCUCGACAAGGCGACGGACGCGCUCUCCAACCUCCUCGGCACGUCCUGCGAGUCCUCGAACGGGAACAACGCGGGGUGCGCGUGGCAGCAGAAGGAGAACAGCACGUUCGGGCACCUCUUCAACAUGCAGGCCGGCGGCGUGUACGCGCACACGCUCGAGUCCGACGCGAUCUCCGUCUGGUACUUCCCGCGCGACAGCAUCCCCGCGGACAUCACCUCGCAGACGCCCGACCCGUCGACGUGGGGCACGCCCACCGCGCUCUUCCCGAACACGCAGUGCGACAUCAUGUCCCACUUCCUCGCCCAGAACCUGAUCUUCGACAUCACCCUCUGCGGUGACUGGGCGGGCCCCGCGUACGAGAGCUCGGGCUGCCCCGGCACCUGCGCGUCUGCGAUCGCGGACAAGUCCAACUUCAACGUCGCGCAGUGGAAGAUCGCUUCCGUCUCCGUAUACCAAUAGACGGCUCCCUAGACUCGCAUACCCGCACACGCACGCCCCCCAACGCACGCCGCAUCGCACGCACGCACAUCCGCUCUCCCGCAUAGUCUGUCUUUUCCUUGCUACGUUACGCUCCUAUACUCGCCCGCCCCCCGCCGGCCGUUUCCCCUUCUCGCUCUCUGUUCUCCCGGGGCGGGCCACAUUGUACAAACCAAAUCUGCUAGACACGCGCCCCGUGCGGGCGCGUCUUCCGCGAUGCUCGUGUAGUGCUACGUACGUCUUUCCCUAGUACCCUCUGGAUAGACCGCCUGUGCGCUGCCGUCAAUACUCGCUCGCUUUUCCCUCCCGACGCGUCCGCACGCGGGGCCGCGCCCCGGUGACGAACCUGUGCCCUCCCAGCGAGCCGCUCCUUCGUCCUGGGUGCUACGCGCCGUCGGCUGUUAUCUUUAGGGCCCGCUUAUACCGUUAUACGUCGCUUAUUGCCACUACUCUUCCCCAUCGUCAUCGGUUUCCUUGGGUCGGGGGUCCGCCGUGCGGGUCUCUGCUGAUCGUCGUGUACGUCACGCUCCCGUUCUCUGUGUAGCACAUUCAUUCAUUGUACGCAAUAUACACACGUUGCACUCGUCUCUAAAACC